AUUUAAAGCUGAUUCAUUUGUUUUCUUUUGCUCGUGUUUCAAUUAAUCUUAUUUCCUAUCAAUUUAAUUUGUCAACUAAUUAAUUAUCUCAAUCCUAUCAUCAUCUAGAAUACAUAUUGGAUCUUUGAUUCAUAUGAAAAGUAUAAUUGGCUACUUUGAACUGAUAAGAAAAAUUGAAAUUGUCCUGGUUUGAUUAUCUUUGCUCAACUGAUACUGACAAUUAACCUUGAUUGUUACACAUUCAUCACCUGAAUUUGAUUAAUUGCUGUGGUUUAAUUUCAACUGCCUCUUCCUUGUACUUUCCAGCAAUAUCUCUUAGGAAAAGAUUGGUUUACAUUUCUAAUUGAUCAUCUGGAAUUGUUAUUUAUUCUGUGUAAUAAUCAGUUAAUUGUUACCCUGGUAAUUUCAAUCCUCGGAACCAUUCAAAUUCAACAAUGUCAACAACAGAGACUUCUAAUAACAGUCAACAAUUUAAUUACAAUGCUUUUUGGUUCAUUACCUUUUGGGGUUUAUUCACAACACUAAUGCCAAAUUUUGUUAAACUGGUUUUAUGGAUUUUCUUCAAAGAUUCACAGUUAGAGAAAAAUUUGCGAAAACAAAUAACAGAAUUAAAAACAGAAUUGGGAACAAUCAAUAUGACUCAAGAAUUUGUUAAAUAUGCUAAAAUUCAGCGUAAAAUUAAUAAGAUGACGGAAGAUCUUAAAAAUAGAGGUAAUACUAAAACAAUGCUCAAACUUAAGGUACAAGUUAUUGUCUAUGGUAUUUGUUAUGUUACUAUGGGUUUAACGACGACUUAUUUAAUUUGGUCUUAUCGAUAUACACCAUUGGCCAGGCUUGAUCAUAAUCUUCUGUUUCCACUGGGACCAAUUUUAGCGUUUCCAACGGGUGUCGAAGGCGCAAUUGGCAUAACUUGUUGGUUUUCAAUGGUUACUUAUUCCAGUCGAACUGUGAAACGUAUUUUAAGUUCAACAUGAUCUAAAGAUGGACCAAAGAGAUGAUCAUUUUUGAAUUAAUCGCAAUUUGAUCCAGUCGCUUUUUCCCAUUCAUUUAAAUAAU